UAAAGUUGUGCCCGAAAAUCAUUCCAGAUUGUAAAUCAUCGACUGAGCUUUGACUGCCUCUGUGUGUUGUCAAUAAUUUACUUCAGUUAAUCUGGUGUCACCUAUCAAUUGUUUUUUGUUGUACUGCUUAGUAAUUAGAUAUUAAAAACCAACAUAAAAAGCAUGCUUCACAGCUUUUCAUCAUUUUUGAUCAACAAAAUGAAUUUGAUUGUGGAAUAUCAAAUAAAUCAUGAAACUAUUAAUAUUGACAUUUUUGUUCAACAGGAAUUUCAAAGAAAAAUAUAGCUAUGUUUAUUCAUUAAUUGACUCUGUAGCCACGAAUCGGUUUAGAAAUUUAAAAAAUGCACUCCUUCGGAGUGGGCGAGGGCCAACAGGCCCGAGCAAUCACUGUUAAUUGUUAAAUAUUUUGACGUGGUAUUUUAUAUUGUAUGUUGACUGUUAAGUACUUGCUCCUUUAACGAGCUAAAAACGCUCGACGCCGUUCGGAGACGAUCCGGGAAGACGUGUGCUGCUUCCACCAGAUUAAAGUCGUCCGUCGACUUUGAUCAUCUCGCAAUGGACUCAUACACCGAUAUAAAGUUGACCCAAAUGAGAUCCCAGUGGAACAGCAAGCUGGGUCCACCCUGCCUCUUAUGGAGAUACCUGGACGAGAUAUUGAGGCUGAUGAGGAUUACAACCCAUUUGAGCAUCGAAAACUCGCACAUCCUACAUCGGAUUUGGAUACCCUUAUUCACUUGCUUAAGGGUUCACUAGGCAGUGGCAUCUUGGCGAUGCCUAUGGCGUAUCUAAACGCUGGUCUGUACUUCGGAUUGGUCGCCACCUUCACGAUCGGAGGCAUCUGCACCUACUGCGUGCACGUCUUAGUCAAGACUGCUCAUGAGCUCUGUAGGAGAUGCCAAAAGCCGUCGCUUGGGUUUGCCGAGACUGCCGAAGCCGCUUUUCUCUCCGGACCACCAGCUGUUCACAAGUUCUCAAGGCUAGCUAAAGCAAUCGUCAACUGGUUCCUUGUGAUAGACUUACUUGGUUGUUGCUGCGUAUACAUUGUAUUUGUAUCCAAGAAUGUCAAACAAGUUGUGGACUAUUACGCGAAAGGAAGCGCCUACGAGGAUACAGACCUGCGUGUAUAUAUGGCUGCCUUAUUGCCCCUUUUAAUUAUGAUGAACCUGAUCAGGAACCUCAAAUAUCUGGCGCCUUUCUCAAUGAUUGCCAAUCUUUUAGUUGGAACUGGAAUGGGCAUAACCUUUUAUUAUCUGUUCCAAGAUUUAAAAAGUGUUAGUGAUGUGAAGUCAUUUGCUGGUUUUGAUAGACUGCCCACCUUUUUCGGCACUGCUAUCUUCGCCCUUGAAGGUAUUGGUGUGGUUAUGCCCCUUGAAAACAACAUGAAGACUCCUACUCACUUUAUUGGUUGUCCUGGCGUUCUUAAUACUGGCAUGUUCUUUGUGGUCUCCCUCUACGCUUUUGUUGGAUUCUUUGGAUACUUAAGAUAUGGUGAUGAAACUGCCGGAAGCAUAACUUUGAAUUUACCUCAAGAUGAAGUACUUGGACAAAGUGUGAAACUCAUGAUCGCUGUUGCCAUUUUCUUCACCUACAGUCUUCAGUUCUAUGUCCCUAUGGAGAUCAUUUGGAAGAACGUCCGCCACUUUUUUGGAGCCAGGAAAAAUCUCGCCGAAUACAGCAUCAGGAUUUCCAUAAUCUUAAUGACUUUAGGUAUCGCUAUUGCUAUUCCCAAUUUGGGGCCUUUUAUCUCCCUUGUGGGUGCCGUGUGCCUUUCGUUCUUAGGACUGAUCUUCCCUGCAGUCAUUGAAACUGUUACCUAUUGGGACAGACCCAACGGCCUUGGUCGCUUUAACUGGGUUCUGUGGAAAAACAUUUUCUUAGUAUCCUUCGGAAUUCUUGGAUUCUUGACAGGCGCUUAUGUCAGUAUUUUGGACAUAAUUAAAGGGGAUGAUGCUUAAUGACGAAAUAUAAAAACACUAAUUAUUGACGUAUUAUUCUUGUCGAAAACAGAUAUGUAGUAAGAUAAUUUGAUUUCUAAGUUUUGUAUUUUAUUCGCUUCAGCCUUCUUUUUAUUUAUAACUAUAUUACAAUAACUAUAACUGUGACCGUUUAAAUAUAGUUUCUGUAAUGCUCAAAACAAUUUUGAGAUUAUAUAUACCUACUUCAAAUUUAGUUCGCAGUUUUCGUGUAAGUUUUCUUACACAUCUGUUGUUGUAUUUCGCCCCAGAAAAUAUGUAGCCAUUUUUGUUAGAUGUAAGACAAUGUAGAAAAUUACAUGACUAUAACUUUAAAGCGUGUGAGAAUUAUUCUAGUGCAUCAUCGAAAUGUGAUACAAUUUUAGGUUAAAUGAAAAAGCAUUGCACAAUAGCUUAUUAUAAGAAAGACUACAAUAAAACAAGAUGAAAAUGUUAUUUUUAUGGAAAUAAGUUAACUCUGUAUAAAAAAUCAACAAUUGUUAGUGAAGUCAAUUUGAUUAUUUACUCUCCCAAUCAUUUGCUUGUGUUAUUUAAUUUUAAAUGUGUUACAUUUUUGGGGUAGUUAAAUAAAUAGGAAAAUUUUAAAAUAAAAAAAAUUAUGGCAUUUCCAUUACCAAAAACUAUUGGCUUAGGUAGCGUAGAAUUUCCAUAUCGUGCUUUUUGAGAAUUUGUGAACAAAAGCCUGUUGUUGUAGGUAUUAUUUUAUAGGAAGAUACAGAGACGGGCCUAGCUUUUGUCAUUGUGAUAUUUUUUUAUAACACAGUAAAACGAGUUUAUCUUUACAUCAAGUAUAUUUCAAAUUAUUUUUUGCGUGAAAGAGUAACAAACAUCCAUACUGACAUACUCACAAACUUUCGCAUUUAUAAUAUUAGUAGGAUAGUAAAGGGUCAUGAAAGAUUAUAAAAAAUUAAAUUGGAAUUGGCGUUGAAAAGAAACCUGUGUUGUGAUUGAGGCUGUUUGAAUACUACACACUAUAUUUGUAACUAUUAAACGAAACAUACAACGUAAAGUCGUGGGCCUAGGCUACUUGAAAUACACAUACAAACAUAUCAAGUCCUUAUCCCUUAUGGGGUAGACAAAGCUGAUAGUCACAAAUAUUAAGGGCCACGUUUAAGGAAGUAAGAAUAAGUGAUAAUUACAGGUUCCAAACACGUCCCCUAAAAAUAAUACUUUAAUUCAAAUACUUGAAAAUUCACCUGGAAUAACAACGAAGACUAUACGUUAAUAAAUUAAUGACCAGCUAGGGCCGCCUCUGGAUAGAUGCAUUGUAAGAUCUAUUCUGCAGAUUAUAAAAUGUAGAAUAAACAUUAGUGAGAAAAUUAUCUACGAAUUCAAUAAAAAGUAGAACUUGAAUUAUAUCGGAAAUAUGUCUUUUAUUCCGUUUUGACGAAAAACGCACGAAUUUUUUACCAUGUCCUCGAAUGAUUACAACCCCGCGAAUAAGGGGGUUCAUUAGGUUUAUAUCUAUACCGAUCUGUAUUACAUACGUCUCAAAGUUUUAUGAAACAGUGAAGUAUUGAUAAAUAGAAACUCGUAGAUAAAUAUCAAGUUAUGUUCCUUUCAUCUGAGUCGAGUUUUGAUAUUUAUUAAUUUUUAACCGACAGUGUGAUUGUGGUGCGACGAUAUUUAACAUAAGUAAGUUUAAAAAUAGAUAAGACUAAAAAGUGAAUAAGUAUACACAGAAUGAUUGCUAUCCAAUCUGGGCCCUUUUGCCUGUGAUUUUAUAAUUGUCAUUCUUUAGUUAUUAAGUGUUAAUCUUGUGGAGGGUGGAUCGCUCCUGCUCCCAAAAGGUUAUGAUCUUAGAAUCAAUCAGGACCCUAGUAGGGUCCCGAUAAAAUGUGGUGAUGUCCAUGUUCUCUAAUGAACUAAAAUAUAUUAUUAUUAUAGUUUUUAUGAUGUAAUUAACUAAACAAUCAAACUGUCUAAAAGAAAAAUAAUACAUAUUUACGGCUAUAAGCAAGUUGAGUAUUAAUAGCAAUAUAAUAUCCUCAGAUAAAGUACUUAUCUUAGUAUAAGUAUUUUAUAUAAGAGUAGUGUUCGCAUUAUUGGUAUUGCUGCCUUACCUUACCGGUAUUAUAACCUUUACAAACGCGUACUGAAUAUACUACUUAUAAAAAUAUUAUUUUUGUUAUUAACAUCUUUUUAGUUUAUGGCCUAAAUUCAAAGGUAGUCAAAAUAAAAUAAAAAUUGUCAUUUUGAAUGAUAUGAUUAUAUUUUUGAAUAACUAUACAAAUAUUUUCAUAUACGAAUUAAGAAAAUCAACUGUAGGAAAGAUGUUAUAUUCUAUGUUUGGUCAUUCCGAAAUAUAUUAUUUAAUUUUGGUGUAAAGUACCAACCAAUCUACCUAUUUUAGAUAGUAAUGGUUGUUUUGUUACAGUAUUAAAUAGAUCCGUUCUAGG